AGCCAUGGCCGAGUACCGCAGGCUGCGCGAGGAGCUGGCGCAGAACAUCACGGCCGAGGACCUGGAGCAGCUCAAGUGCGCCUGCAAGGAGGACAUCCCCAGCGAGCAGAGCGAGGCCAUCGCCACCAGCCACCACUGGUUCGCCUUCCUGGAGCAGCACGGCAAGCUGGACAAGGACGACCUGUCCUACAUCGAGCACAUCUUCGAGAUCUCGCGCCGGCCCGACCUGCUCACCAUGGUGGUGCAGUACCGCACGCACGUGCUCAAGAUCUCCGAGGAGGACGAGGUGGACACCAAGCUCACCCGCAUCCCCAGCGCCAAGAAGUACAAAGACAUCAUCCGGCAGCCCUCGGAGGAGGAGAUCAUCAAACUGGCCCCCCCGCCCAAGAAGGCCUGAGCGG